GACAAUCUCGGAGAAUUUUAACUUGAAAAACGAACGCCGAAAUUACUUGGGUUAUUACCAGUUGAAGCAUCGAGGGUUGUGAUAAGAGUCGCUUGUGUUUUCUUUUUUCUUAUUUGACGUCUUUGAAUAAUCUUCGAGGGGUAAAAAAGGCGAAUAUCUAGUUGUGAGCAUGGAUUUGCUCGCGUACGUCGUCCGUCUAAAGUGGAGAGGGUCUCCUUCGCUUGAGUUACCGUUACUGAAGUUCCGUGGAUAUGUUUUUGAUAGCGAGGGCCGUGUACGAUGUCAGAAAUGUGUUCAACGGUACUUUAGCUUAACGCCCACGCUAAGUGAGGAUGAAGACGAUGAGUAUGAGGAUAAUCUGGCAUGGGACGACUCUGCUAUCCCUGUAGCCGGUGGCAGCACCCCAGUCAAUGGCUCCUUCUACCCCGCCAUUGGAGGCCCUUUUUCAGCAUUGACUCCGAGCAUGUGGCCCCAGGAUAUCCUUUCCAGAAUACAACAGACUGAGGACUCUGGUCACCGGCCCGAGGGGCAGUACGACGAGUUUGGCUUUAUUAUGGAUGGAGAAGACUUGGAGCAUGAAUACAAAGACCCAGACCCAGGAAACUUUGUCACGAACGAAGAUGACAGCUUACGACUGAAGUGGACGGCUUAUCUUGAGUUCACACAAAACCAGGAUGUGGGCGACAUGACCUGGGACAAGGUUUCUCCCAGUUUCCCGCACUCAGACAAGCUGAGAGAGCUCGUCUGUUCGGGAAUUCCACACAGUAUGCGUGCCCCGAUAUGGAUGCGGAUAUCUGGCGCCCUGCAAAAGAAGAUCAACGCUGAGUUCACCUACAAGCAAGUGGUCCGUGCCAGCUCAGACGAGAACUCACCCGCUUCCAAACAGAUCGAAAAGGACCUGCUUCGUACGAUGCCCAACAAUGCAUGCUUCUCCACCCCCACAAGCACGGGCCUGCUAAGGAUGAGACGCAUCCUAAGAUCACUCGCCUGGCUUUACCCUGACAUUGGUUACUGUCAGGGCAUGGGCAUGAUCGUUGCGUCGCUAUUGUUGUUUGUGGAGGAGGAGGAUGCCUUCUGGCUGACGAGUACUAUAAUCGAGGACCUCAACCCGCCUUCCUACUACUCCAGCACACUUAUUGGCGUACAGGCGGACCAGCGCGUGCUUCGUCAGCUGAUCGUUAGUUACCUGCCGCACACAGACCAGCAGCUGAAGGAACAUGACAUCGAGUUGUCGCUGAUCACUCUUCACUGGUUUCUCACAGCAUUUGCAAGUGUUGUACACACCAAGAUCUUGUUACGUAUCUGGGAUAUUUAUUUCUACGAGGGGUCCGUUACUCUGUUUAGGGCCACCCUUGGUAUGCUCAAGCUGAAGGAGGAGUAUAUUCUGACUUUGGAUAAUUCAGCUCAGAUCUUUAAUGUAUUAUCGGAUAUUCCCGGGGACAUCACGGAUGCAGACGUGCUGAUACAGGCUGCACAGAAGGCAUCCGCGUCUCUGACAGAAGUCAUUCUUGACGCGCACCGGAAGAAGCACAUGGCGUUUCUGAUGGCGGACCUGGGAGUCGUGGUGGACAAGGAGACAGGCAAACACAUUACUAAGCAUCAAGUACAGCGGAGACAGCUUGGAUCCAACAGAUCGUUCUUCAACCUGAUCUUCGGUAAAAGUAAUUUUAGUUUGGAAAAAGCAAAGAACAUCAAGCAGACAGAAUUUGUGGCGGAUCUACGAGAGGCCAUCAUGCAUAUUGCUAGACAUUUCGACGCCAUUGACCCCAAGAAGGGACUGGAAGUGGAUUACUCACUAGAAGGGCACACGCGCGACCACGAGCGCUUCAUUAACGUGGCAAGGAAUCGUCGGCGGCGAGCAAAGGCUCUUCUCGACUUCGAGCGACAUGACGAUGAUGAACUUGGCUUCCGUAAAAACGAUAUCAUAACAAUCAUCUCACAGAAGGACGAGCACUGUUGGGUGGGCGAGCUCAACGGAUUACGAGGGUGGUUCCCGGCUAAGUUUGUACAGAUCUUAGAUGAGCGCAGUAAAGAGUACUCCACGGCCGGCGAUGACUCGGUGUCGGAGACGGUGACAGACCUUGUGCGAGGAGGCUUGUGUCCUGCACUCAAGAAUAUCUUCGAGCACGGCAUGCGAAGGCCAUCAAUACUAGGGGGGCCCUGUCAUCCCUGGCUCUUUAUUGAAGAGGCAAGUCAGCGUGAGGUCGAGCGAGAUUUCCAGUCCGUCUACUCCAGGCUUGUGUUGUGCAAGACGUUUAGACUUGACGAGGACGGCAAGGUCCUUUCUCCUGAGGAAAUUCUCUACAGGGCUGUGCAGUCUAUCAACAUGAGCCAUGAUGCGGCCAGUGCACAAAUGGACGUCAAGUUCCGGUCGCUGGUUUGCUACGGCUUAAACGAACAAUGUCUUCACCUCUGGCUGGAGUCGCUUUGCGCAUGUGAGGACACAGUCGCAAAAUGGUACCACCCCUGGUCGUUUCUUCGAAGUCCUGGAUGGAUACAGAUCAAGUGUGAACUCAGAGUUCUGGCGACAUUUGCUUUUAACUUGAAUGUUGAAUGGGAGCUUGUUCACACAUCCAAGGUCGUGGAAGCUCUGAAAGAAGACAAGUCCUUGCAGGUGUCUACGAAGGAGGUAACACAGCCGAUGAAAGAUGGCGUGCGCGAUAUGUUGGUCAAGCAUCACCUCUUCAGUUGGGAUCUCUAGCGGACCUGAAGCAAUAAUAACUAUUUAUAAUUAAUAAUUGAAUAAUCGAAAGAUUACUAAAUAAUAUGAAGGACUUCAGAUAAGCGAUAAGACAUGGAAAAUUAUGAUCAAAUCAUAUGCUUCUACCCUACUUGGGCAGAGCAAACAUAUGUAUAUCCUAACUGCACUAGAUUGUUCCCACAUUAUUUUUUUGUGCCAACGUAAACAAAUUGCUUUAAGGACUUUUUUUUCCAUGUGUUUCUGCUUUUCUAGUCCUCACGAAAGAAGGGUGUAAAAUGCCCAUACGUUGUAAUUAUGACUAUGUCAUUCGGCUGUGAAUAGCCGUAUCUCCUUUCAAGUAAUGAAUGUAGGGUCUAUGUUAACGGAGUUAAGGUGUCCAAGGCGACAGAUUUUUGCUUGUUAUCUUAAGCUUUUUUUGUUGUUAUUAUUGUUGUUGCUCCCGUUCCAUCUGGUAAUAAGCGCUUGUUCGAGUAAAAGAAGAGCUUUGCCAACCAUUGUUUGGUCAACAUUUUCCGUCUUUUUUUCUUCUAUAAACGAAAGCUUGUGUCACGAAAAUGCAUGUAUCUGUACAUGUUCGGAGGCUUAGCGGCUUUUCUUGGCCUAGGUUUUCUCUAUCGUGCUAUGGGGGAGGGGAGCACAACACUUCAUAAACUCGUUCCAAUGUGUGAUGUUCUAAAGCAUGUGAUUAUUUACACAAAUUUCCGACAAGGAUGAAAGCCCUGAGUCAACGAUCGUAAAUAGUUCUAUAAUUCAGGGUUAUGGGUGUAAUGGUUUUAAGGCCGAUUUAGACAGCACGAUUUAGUUGUAUGCGGCGCCUCUAAAACUUGAGUCGUGGAUUGUAAUCAACCUACGACUCCACUGCGAUGCUCGACUAUGAAAGUCUUAGUGCAUAAUUUAACAUGUAGACAGGUCGCAUACGACUAAAUCGUUCCGUCUAAAUCGGCUUUUACAUAUAUUGUAUUUAAAUUUUCAAUGAUGAGCCAUCUAGCCUUGUUCACACUAGUAAACACUGGUAAAGCAUAUCUAGAAAACAUUUAAACGUACUUGAGAUGGCAGGGAAUCAAAUUGAUCAAUAUUAUUGGGGUUGGGAUCUGAAAGUAAAUUCGUUGUAGAUAAAUAAGUAUUUUAAUACUGACUGAAAUAAGACGCCAUAUGGAGUUUAUAGAAAAAUAUUUUAGUCACAUUAUAAAUUUAUCUCUAAAUAUGAUAGAAUUGCAAAUAGAACGUCCACGUAUUGUUAUAGAUCCUGAGAUAUAUUUCCAUUAUUUAAUUACCUUUGGUCCCUCCAUUGGCUGUAAAUUGAAAUCAAAUACCGGUGGAACACUAAUUGUUAGUCAAUACGUAACCAAGAAGGGUUAUCCAAAAUUACCAAAGAGAAAUAAAACAUUGUUUCAAUAUA